CGGAGAGAGUGAGGAGGCUGCGUCUGGCUCCCGCUCUCACAGCCAUUGCAGUACAUUGAGCUCCAUAGAGACAGCGCCGGGGCAAGUGCGAGUCGGACGGGUACUGGGCGACUCUGUGCUCGCUGAGGAAAAAUAAUUAAACAUGGGCAAAGGAGAUCCUAAGAAGCCGAGAGGCAAAAUGUCAUCAUAUGCAUUCUUUGUGCAAACUUGCCGGGAGGAGCACAAGAAGAAGCACCCAGAUGCUUCAGUCAACUUCUCAGAGUUUUCUAAGAAGUGCUCAGAGAGGUGGAAGACCAUGUCUGCUAAAGAAAAGGGAAAAUUUGAAGACAUGGCAAAGGCUGACAAGGCCCGUUAUGAAAGAGAAAUGAAAACUUAUAUCCCUCCUAAAGGGGAAACAAAAAAGAAGUUCAAGGAUCCCAAUGCACCCAAGAGGCCUCCUUCGGCCUUUUUCUUAUUUUGUUCUGAGUAUCGCCCAAAAAUCAAAGGAGAGCAUCCCGGCCUAUCCAUUGGUGAUGUUGCAAAGAAGCUGGGAGAGAUGUGGAAUAACACUGCUGCAGAUGACAAGCAGCCUUAUGAGAAGAAGGCUGCUGAGCUGAAGGAAAAAUACGAAAAGGAUAUUGCUGCAUACCGAGCUAAAGGAAAGCCUGAUGCAGCAAAAAAGGGAGUUGUCAAGGCCGAAAAGAGCAAGAAAAAGAAGGAAGAGGAGGAGGACGAGGAAGAUGAAGAGGAUGAGGAAGAGGAGGAAGAUGAAGAAGAUGAAGAUGAAGAAGAAGAUGAUGAUGAUGAAUAAGUUGGUUCUAGCGCAGUUUUUUUUUCUUGUCUAUAAAGCAUUUAACCCCCCUGUACACAACUCACUCCUUUUAAAGAAAAAAAUUGAAAUGUAAGGCUGUGUAAGAUUUGUUUUUAAACUGUACAGUGUCUUUUUUUGUAUAGUUAACACACUACCGAAUGUGUCUUUAGAUAGCCCUGUCCUGGUGGUAUUUUCAAUAGCCACUAACCUUGCCUGGUACAGUAUGGGGGUUGUAAAUUGGCAUGGAAAUUUAAAGCCGGUCCUUGUUGGUGCACAGCACAAAUUAGUUAUAUAUGGGGAUGGUAGUUUUUCCAUCUUCAGUUGUCUCUGAUGCAGCUUAUACAAAAUAAUUGUUGUUCUGUUAACUGAAUACCACUCGGUAAUUGCAAAAAAAAUUGCAGCUGUUUUGUUGACAUUCUGAAUGCUUCUAAGUAAAUACAAUUUUUU